UGGCAUUAGAAGAUAGCUGAUCACAGCAAAUCUCUACCAGUGUGAUGUAGACGGCUGGAGUAAAAUAUUCUAAAUUUGCAUCCUUUCAUCGACCUACUUUUGAGUUGUCUCUUGGGUUGUUUUAAUUUGGACUGGGAACAGUAGGAGAACGGAUUUUCUUUCAAUGGUGUAAGUACUGCCUGCCAGGAAUAGAAACCUCCUUGGAGGAUCCAUUUCUUUGAUGGUGCAGACUCCAGAACUUUCACAAAAGUCCAGGUAUUAGCACAAUGGAUAUCUGUGUUUAAUUCAAACCAGGGUGCCCGUCCUAAUCUCAGACCAUUUUGCACUACAAGCAGUUCUGAGCACACUUGUAGUGAGAAUGAAUCUACAAGGAAAUUUGUUGGUGUUUGGAGAUGAUAAUGAAGUCUCUCAGUGGUAGAAAAUAUUACCUCUUGUAAAAGUAAAGACCAGAAACAUUUGACUCUUAAUACCAUAGCUUUCAGCCAUUUCUGCACUAUGACCUAUUGACUGGAGGUAGGUUGCCUUCCCAUUCAGGCACACUUCAUGGGCAGAAAAAUAUUCCCUUUUCCUACUGACUGGCACAGUAUAUGCUCCAACUAUGGCACGGGUGUGUCUCUCUGUAAGUCUAUGCUCCAGAACUGAAAGUAGGAACAAAGUUAAGAGUUAUUGGGGCUGGGAGGGGAUCCUUCUCUUACUGCGAAGGGAAACGAUGCUUCAGGUAAGUGGUUCUGAAGUCCUUCACCAUCUGACGGUAACCUUGGGUUGGUCUAUAGGUAUGUUUUCAUUUUGCUUGUUCAUCCAUUCUAAUCGGCUUCCCAGAGCAUGCUUGUAGAUGCCGAGCCAAAUUUAGAGUAUAGCAACCCUCUGGCAAACAGGAAAAGAUUAAUUUUGUGGUGUGCUGUUAAGGGACUUCCCAGGAAACUUCAAAAGCACAGAAAGAAGUACUGGCUGCCUAUUCCAAAACGUGCAAAAUGCCACUCAGCUUUUUAAAGUUCCACCAGGUGAGAAGAGUGAUGACCAUCCUUUUCCUUACUAUGGUUAUUUCAUACUUCGGUUGCAUGAAGGCUGCCCCCAUGAAAGAAGCAAACAUCCGAGGACAAGGCAGCUUGGCCUACCCAGGUGUGCGGACCCAUGGGACUCUGGAGAGCGUGAAUGGGCCCAAGGCAGGUCCAAGGGGCCUGACAUCCUCAUUGGCUGACACAUUUGAACAUGUGAUAGAAGAGCUGUUGGACGAGGACCAGAAAGUUCGGCCCCAUGAAGAAAACAAUAAGGACGCAGACUUGUACACUUCCAGGGUGAUGCUCAGUAGUCAAGUGCCUUUGGAGCCGCCUCUUCUCUUUCUGCUGGAGGAAUACAAAAAUUACCUGGAUGCUGCAAACAUGUCCAUGAGGGUCCGGCGCCACUCCGACCCCGCCCGCCGUGGGGAGCUGAGCGUGUGCGACAGCAUUAGUGAGUGGGUCACGGCCGCAGAUAAAAAGACUGCAGUGGACAUGUCGGGCGGGACGGUUACCGUCCUCGAAAAAGUCCCUGUAUCGAAAGGCCAACUGAAGCAGUACUUCUACGAGACCAAGUGCAAUCCCAUGGGUUACACGAAGGAGGGCUGCAGGGGCAUAGACAAGAGGCACUGGAACUCCCAGUGCCGAACUACCCAGUCGUACGUGCGGGCCCUCACCAUGGAUAGCAAAAAGAGAAUUGGCUGGCGAUUCAUAAGGAUAGACACUUCCUGUGUAUGUACAUUGACCAUUAAAAGGGGAAGAUAGUGGAUUUAUGUUGUAUAGAUUAUAUUGAGACAAAAAUUAUCUAUUUGUAUAUAUACAUAACAGGGUAAAUUAUUCAGUUAAGAAAAAAUAAUUUUAUGAACUGCAUGUAUAAAUGAAGUUUAUACAGUACAGUGGUUCUACAAUCUAUUUAUUGGACAUAUCCAUGACCAGAAGGGAAACAGUCAUUUUUGCGCACAACUUUAAAAAGUCUGCAUUACAUUCCUUGAUAAUGUUGUGGUUUUUUGCCGUUGCCAAGAAUUGAAAACAUAAAAAAAGUUUAAAAAAAUAAUAAUAAAUUGCAUGCUGCUUUAAUUGUGAAUUGAUAAUAAACUGUCCUCUUUCAGAAAACAGACAAAAAAAACAAAAAAAAACUAACAAAAAUUUGAACCAAAACAUUCCGUUUACAUUUUAGACAGUAAGUAUCUUCGUUCUUGUUAGUACUCUUAUCUGUUUUAUUGCUUUUAAACUUCUGAUAGCGUUGGAAUUAAAACAAUGUCAAGGUGCUGUUGUCAUCGCUUUACUGGCUUAGGGGAUGGGGGAUGGGAGGGGU